AUGUCUAUGAAUCCUGAAAGAGAGGAAUUUUGGCAAACAAUAGCAAGAAGUACUAUUAAGGAAAGAUGUAAGGGUAUCUUCAAUCAAGAAUUAUUAAGCGAUGUGAAAUUUGCUGUUUGUUGCGAAGGCGGAAGUGGAAGCAAGACGAUUCCAGCACACAAGUUUGUGUUAGCAAUCAGUAGCCCCGUGUUCUUUGCCAUGUUUUAUGGCGAAAUGGCGGAGAGAGAUUGUGUUGAGAUCCCUGAUUGUGACUACGAAAGCUUGUUGGAGGUGCUGCGUUUUAUAUACAGUGACGAGGUCAACAUAAAUCCAUGUAAUGUGAUGGAAGUGCUGUAUUUAGCGAAGAAAUACAUGCUGCCGACACUGGCCGAAAAGUGCUCUGUUUACCUCAAAGAGAAUCUGGACGCGUCAAGCGUGUUUCUUGUUUUACCGCAGGCCCAGAAAUAUGAAGAGAAAGAUCUGUUGGAUCAUUGUUGGAAACGUAUUGAGACCGAAACAGUGGAAGCUGUAAAAUCGGAUGGUUUCGUGGCAAUCGAGAGGUCAGUGCUUGAAGAAUUAGUGGAGAGAGAUUAA